AAAGCAUAACAAAAUUAAUUUUAAAAUUACAAUCAAGAAUUUAAUUUAUUUUGUAUUGUAAUGGAUUUAUAUUCAAUCUUCCUUUUCUUCUUUGGUGCUUCCUCCUUGUUCAUCCCUGCUUUGGCUUCAGGGACUCCUGAUGUGUGUUCAACAGGGAAAAAGCAGUCACCAGUGGAUAUAAAUACAUAUGAAGCUGUACUCAACAAUACCUUAAAACCCCUUGAUAGAGAUUACAAUGUUCAAAAGGCUACUUUAGUCUCUGAUGGAAAACAUGUUGAGAUUUCAUUUGUCAGCAGUGGUGGAUUAAAAAUUGAAGGCAAAGUGUACAACUUAAAAAAACUUGAGUUUCAUACUCCAUCGGAGCAUCUUCUUAACAGCAUCCCAUAUGCCGCAGAGCUACAACAAGUACAUGAAGCUGCAGAUGGCAGCCGCGCAGUGGUGGCGAUUCUCUUCAAACAUGGCCCACCUAGUCCAUUUAUUGACACGUUAAUGCCAAUGUUGGAAGAGGUAGCUAAGAAGGCAUGUAAAGAUGAAGAAAGAAUAGAGAUGCCCAAGUUUGAAAUGAUAAACUUAAGGAAAUGGCCCCGUGACUAUUACAGAUAUCAUGGUUCUCUCACUUCUCCUCCUUGUCAUGAAAAUGUCCUUUGGAAUGUCCUUUGCGAGGCGAAAACAAUAUCAGUGGAACAAGUAGCUGCACUCCAAGCUCCACUUUGUGAAGAGAACAAGAAUAACGCGAGGCCCGAGCAGCCAUUGAAUGGAAGAAUUAUCCAAACAUAUGAUGAGGUUUAA